AUGCCUCUCCUCCACCUCCCAAACGAAAUCUUGAAUGAAAUCGCCCGUGAGCUAUGUGAAGAGAACGAUCUGAAUGCGUUUGUUCGCGUUAACCGACUCCUCUACACACUUCUCAACGCCUACUUAUACGCACACAAUCUGCGCCGAUUUCAAGAUGACGAGAUUGAUACUGGUAGCGCCGCUCUUAUUUGGGCUAUCAUCUAUCGUGGACCUGAAGCGACGUACAAAUUAGCCCUGGAGGCAGAGAGGAAUUUGUCUCAUAGCAGCGACAUUUGUCCUAGUGAUUGCGCCUUGAAGCUUGCAUUACUACUUGAACGAGUAGAUGCUCUGACGCUUUUAUUUGAAAAUUGCGACUAUCAUGAUGUGGACAAGCGGGCCAUUUUUAAAGCUGCACGUAUUGGAAACGUUGACGUUUUCCGUGCCAUGAUCGAGUCAGGGAUUUUUGAACCUAGUUAUACAGAUGAAAAGGGUAUGACCUCGCUCAUGGUGGCGGCAAUUCAUGGCCAUGUUGACAUUGCUCGAUACCUGCUUGGUUUUGAAGAAGUUGACCUCAAUGCCAGAUGGAACAGAGGAUCCACACCCUUAUAUAUGGCUGCGGAGGACAACCAUGUUGAAAUUUUUGAGAUGCUCAUCGCCACUGGAAAGGUUGAUGUGAACGCCGAAACUGACUAUGGAGUCACAGUACUCAGCAAAGCGGUGAGGGCGAACCACCCAGAUUGCGUGCGGGCACUCUUGGAAGAUGACUCGCUUGAUCCCAAUGCCGGAAAAAUGGAUGGGAUGAGCCCAUUACAGGAUGCGGCUUUCUGGGGAAGCUUGGAAACGGUCAAGUUACUACUCGAGGGGGGCGCCGAUGCUAAUUUCGCGCCAACUGGUACCACGGCACUAUCAAUCGCUGCGCAGGAGGAUCAUCAAGAUGUUGUUGAUACCCUUCUCAACGUUCAAGGCAUAGUGAUAGAUAGUCAGCCUCACUUCACCCAAUCCUGGCUCCUGGAUGCGGUAAUCCGUGGACAGGUUUCUCUUGUUGAGAAACUCCUCGCUCAACCAGAUAUCAAUGCAAACGAGAAAAAUGAUGAUGGGAACUCGAUCUUGAUCGCCGGAAUUAUUGAAGGACAGACUGAAACAGUCUUUGCUCUUCUGGCGAGCGGUAAGGUUGACGUCAAUUUGACAGGAUCUUAUCAGCGUACUCCUCUCCAUGUGGCAGUAGAGUGGGGAUACAUUGAUAUUGUUCGUCUGUUGCUUUGUGUUGACGGCAUAGAUCCAAAUCUGAGGGAUUGGCAUGAUAAGACACCAUUCGAACUGGCUCUUGUCGAACAAAAUGAUGAGAUAAUGGUGAUGCUCUUGGAAGUGCAGGAAGUUCUUGAUGAUGCGAUAUUCGGAUCAGUCAACUCUGUCACGUACCCCAUAGAGGAGGACUAA